AUGACGGUCUGCAGCGCUGAGCUGAGCGGGGUUGAGGAGAAAGCCGUGCAUUUAAAACCGCCCAGGGAAGACACCACAUUAACGAGGCUAGUUUGGGUUUUUUUAUUCGCUGCCUCCCUCCCUCCUCGCCCCGGGUUUGACUGCAGCACCGGUUUACCUGAGCAAGUGUUUUUCUUCUUCUUCUUCUUCUUCUUUUAAACCCUCACCAAGCACGAACUCUGCGGUGACUUUUUAUUUCAUUUAAUUGAAUGCCGUGUCGGACUGCUGCUGCUGCUGCUGCCACCCUGCAAAUAAAUAGGAGGACUCUGGAUGUGUCAACCUGAGGGGGAAAAGCAAGCAGCAGAAGCCCCCCGCAGGAGUAGACCAGGGAUUCCUCCUCCUCCUCCCCCUCCUCCUCCUCUAGUUUCUUCUUCUCCUGUUCGGAGCUUUUUUUUUUUAUAUACCGGGUCGUCCAGGUUGUGUCAGAGGCCGGCGGUGGUGAAGAAGAAGAAGAAGAAGAAGAAGAUGGGACUACCUGCUCUGGAGUUCAGUGACUGCUACCUGGACAGCCCGCAGUUCAGGGAGAGACUCAAGUCCCACGAGCUGGAGCUGGACAAGACCAACAAGUUCAUCAAGGAGCUGAUCAAAGACGGCAAGGCGCUGAUACAGGCUCUCAAAAGUCUGUCGACAGCCAAGAGGAAGUUUGCGGACUCUCUCAACGAGUUUAAAUUCCAGUGUAUUGGAGACGCCGAGACAGAUGAUGAGAUAUGCAUAGGUGAGCUUCCUGAUAUGAAAUCCAAUAUAUGCCCAGAGGAGAGCCAAGAAGCCAAGUCUCUUCAGGAGUUUUCAACCGUCCUACAGAACCUGGAGGACGAGAGGACACGUAUGAUCGAAAAUGCCAACGAUGUGCUGAUUAUGCCUCUGGAGAGGUUCAGGAAAGAACAGAUCAGCGCAGCCAAGGAAGCCAGAAAAAAGUACGACAAAGAGACGGAGAAGUAUUGUGCAGUGCUGGAGAAACACCUUAGCCUUUCAGCAAGAAAGAAGGAGUCCCAUCUGCACGAGGCGGACAACCAGGUCGAUAACGUACGGCAGCAUUUCUACGAGGUCUCUCUGGAGUACGUCUUCAAGGUGCAGGAGGUCCAAGAGAGGAAGAUGUUUGACUUUGUGGAGCCCCUGUUGGCGUUCCUUCAAGGCCUCUUCACCUACUAUCACCACGGCUACGAGCUGGCAAAGGACUUCAACCACUUCAAGACUGAUCUCACCAUCAGCAUACAGAAUACGAGGAACCGCUUUGAGAGCACGCGGUCGGAGGUGGAGAUCUUGAUGAGGAAGAUGAAGGAGAAUCCACACGAACACAAGAGUGUCAGCCAGCACACCAUGGAGGGAUACCUGUUUGUGCAGGAGAAGCGCUCAUUCGUAUCUACCUGGGUGAAGUACUACUGUACUUACCAUCGUGAGCCCAAGAGGGUCACCAUGGUUCUGUUUGACCCUAAAUCAGGAGGGAAAACGGGAGAAGAGGAGAGCUUCACGCUCAAGUCUUGCACCAGGAGGAAGACGGACUCGAUAGAAAAGAGGUUCUGUUUCGAUGUGGAGGCUGUGGACAGGACGGGAGUAAUCACCAUGCAGGCUCUGUCGGAAGAAGACCGCAGGUUGUGGAUGGAGGCCAUGGAUGGGAGAGAACCGGUAUACAAUCUGAACAGAGACAGCCAGGCUGAAGGCCUGGCCCAGCUGGACGUGAUUGGGUUCAACGUCAUGAAAAAGUUUAUUCAUGCGGUGGAGACUCGAGGUAUCGAUGAUCAGGGCUUGUACAGAAUUGUUGGCGUCAGCUCCAGAGUACAAAAACUACUAGGUUUUGCGAUGGAUCCUAAGACAUGUGCUGACGUGGAGCUGGAAAACUCAGAGUGGGAGAUCAAAACGAUCACGAGUGCUAUCAAGCACUAUCUCAGAGUGCUGCCCGGACCUCUGAUGACGUACCAGUACCAGAGGAGCUUCAUCAAAGCUGCCAAGUUGGACAACCAAGAGGCUCGGGUGACAGAGAUCCAUGCCCUGGUGCACCGGCUGCCUGAGAAGAACAGACAGAUGCUGGAGCUGCUGAUGAAACACCUGGCCACUGUGGCAAAUCAUCACCACCAGAACCUGAUGACUAUUGCCAAUCUGGGUGUGGUCUUCGGGCCGACUCUGCUCCGGCCGCAGGAGGAGACGGUGGCCGCCAUCAUGGACAUCAAGUUCCAGAACAUUGUAGUAGAGAUCCUCAUAGAGCACCAUGAGAAGAUAUUCAGAGAUAUUCCGAUUUCUGCCGGCGGCCCGACCAACCCGCAGCUCAACGUGUCCAGGAGGAGGAGCACCGAUAGCAAAGGCCCGUCCUGCAGCGAACGGCCUCUCACACUGUUCCACACACCAACACAUUCCCAGAAAGGUGAAAAGAAGAACAGUGUUGCCAAUGCCGCGGUCGCUGAACUGCAGCAGCCGGUUUCCUCGUCUGCCAACUGUAACAGCAGCAGCAGCAGCAGCAGCAGCAGCCAAAGUCGAACCCCGAGAAACAGCCUGACCAGCAACGACGGCGAGCACGACACCCGGCAGAUCCGGCCCAGCUCACUGCUGAAUCCAAAGAGUCGUGGCAGCAUACCAACAAGCGCAAUGUCUCCCAGCCCCACCUCACCACGCUCUCCCUCCUGGCCGAUGUUCUCAGCCCCAUCAAGUCCGCAGCCGACAUCCUCCGCCUCCAGUGACUCCUCCCCUGUCAGUAUGGCAGGCAGGAAGGCUCGAGCCCUGUAUGCCUGCAAGGCAGAGCAUAACUCUGAGCUGUCCUUCAUCGCUGGGACCAUCUUUGAAAACGUUCAUUCCUCCAGGGAGCCCGGUUGGCUGGAAGGGACUCUGGACGGCCGAACAGGAUUGAUACCAGAAAACUAUUUGGAGUUUUUAUAGUUCAGGGCCAACAAAGACUGGAUGAUACUGGGCGGGAGUUGACCAAACUGGACUAUGGAUUUGACUACACAAAACUGAACCAACUAUUAGAUUGUAUAUUAAAAGGGACUGCACCGUGGUCGAUGAGGCCUCUCGUGUCUUGACUUGACUGGAAAAUGAAACUGGACCAAUCAGAACCAUAUGGAAUGGACCGAAGGGGAGAGCUAUGAAUUGCACUGGAAAAGAAGAAGAAAAGAUGAGUCUCACUAUGGCUGUUAUUAGGUUAGUGUGGAAGACUUCCCAAGUCCUGGUGAAAAGGAUGUGGUGGGGGCGGGAGGGAAGGAAGGUUAACCAAUGAUUAACCUUCUAAUGUAUCACCAGGCCUCGGCAUGUAGUUCCAUGUAGGCCAUCAUGUAUAUCACAUGAUGAAGAAAAUCACAUGUAUAAAUGAGUUGAUAUUUCUGAGAUGUAUUACUUCAAACUGCACUGCCAUUGCCUCAGAAUCUCCUCUUUUUAUCAGCCAGAAAAAGAAAAUCUUCUUGUGGAGAUGAUGACAGGGAACGGGUUAAAAAGCAAGUGGCCUUUAACUCUGGACUCGCUAGCUCAGGUCCUCACUGUGAGCUGUUUGAAUGAUUAUCAUUAGGGGACCGGUUUAAAUUAUUAGGUUGUGGUUGUACGGCUGUAGAUGUGUUGCUGUGUGCGGUCCGGUAAUUCCCCAGGACAAGACUCGACCUGGCUAAUGUUGCAGAGCUCCAGUUCAGCAGCAGGAGCUCCGGGGGCAGAUCAUUGCAGGUUGAGGUCGCCUCGAAAAAAAAAAAAACAGUUCGCCAAAAAGGUCAUCGUUGGGUUUAUAUCCUGCACCAUUGUGCCUCUCCCUUCAGGUCCCUCACGAAAAAUGUGAACAAUUUCAAACGAGCUCCACAAGCAGAUCGGUGGUUUCAAAUGCAGCGUUGGAGUGACGACUGAUUCCUGCUGCGAGGCCUCGCUCUGCUUCCCUGGAUGUGAUGCGUUUUAAUUGUUGGAAAUAAUUCGAUCCAAGUAUCUGAUCUGGUGUUGCGUCAUGUUUGCACCAUUCCAGGAUGUUGUAUUCUUUACACCACAGAACCAAACUAUCGAUGUUGCUUUUUAAACUUUGUUUCAGAAAUGCAUACGAUCGAUCAUAUUUUUAACCAUUAUACGUAUUCAAUCAGUUGCUUCGCUGUGGAUUAUUUAAUCUUCAUCAGCAUAGAGUGAGCCUAAACAAAAGAAGCAAAAGAAUACAAUACAAUUCGCCAUGUACAUCAUGACCCAACACAAGGGCCUUUUUGCUUUUUCUCAUUGCUAACGAUGUAUUUAUCUGAUAUUGACAUUUAGGAAGCUCAUGUAUAAAGUGAAUGAAAUGCAGAAAACCUAAAUUUUUUCAGAAUUGCUCAUAUGUAUUUGCAUGCUGGUCUGCUUUGGGGCUCCAAUGCAAGUCCUCAUUUCAUUAAUCGAAGCUGAACUUUUUAAAUCUUAAACCACUUGGUGAACAUCUGCAUCAAAGCUUUUUGCUGUUUUGUGUUUGUUUUUGUUUUUGAGGACAGACUGUCUUAGCUUUUUAAGAGGAAAAUAAAAUGGGAGGGUAAACAAAAAAAAAAGCUUAAAUGUGAAAUGAGACUACUUUGUUCAUAUCUGAACUUCUAAUUUAUGAGAGUUUCUUAAAGACUCAAUCUUGAACUGUAUUCAUUUUGAGGUGUUUAUUGUCAUUGUAAAUAGAUACACAGCAUUUGAUAAGGUAUAAUGUUUUUUAAUUAUGAAAUUUUAUAUUUUUAGCAUACUAACUUAAUUUCUUAAUUUUGUCUUUGUUGCCCAGAUUUUUGUACCAUUUAAGUCUAUCUACAGCCUUAAAUAUUCUUUCAGAUGUUUUGGUGAAUUGACAAGAUUUUGCGGAAUAAAGAUUAAUGUUCAACAGCU